AUGAAGACCUUCAAGGCCGUCGUAGGCCUCGGCCUGGCCUUCAUCUCCAUGGCCAACUCUCAGGGUGACCUGGUACAGACGGAUGUCAACUUCUGUAACUGGUAUAGGUUUCGCGAAAUUCUACCUAUAACUACAUUAUGUCGUUUUCUUACCAAGGGCGUGUGCUUUAGGGGCAUCACUCCUAAACCACUCGAAACUCCCACAAACACUUCAAUCUAUGGAUAUGACGCCUAUCAAUAUGGCCCGGUAAAACCAGCUUUUAAACCCGGCCCCAUCCUACCCAAAAUUCGUGAAGAUGUGACCCGCUAUAUCACACAUGGAGCCGGGGUGUCUGUUCCGAGUGAAAACAAGGGUUACUACUUUAGUGGAAGUCAGAGAAAGGAUGGAGAAGUGAUAGACGUGACUACUGAGCCAAACAUAACCGCUAACUCCCUUGUCUCCGUCGAUUUAUCCAAGUUUGAUGAGCCAAAUUUUGCUAGUGACAAUCUUACAGGUGUUACCGGAAGGUCAAGUGCGGAGCUUGUCUGGCUUCCUGUCUCUGACGGUGUCCUAGUUGCAAUAGGCGGUGUUACCAACCCAGAAUCUAUACGUUCCUUGCGCCUAUCUAGUUCAGAAAAGGAGGAAAAUGCGAAGAAAGACCCCUCCUUUAUGGAGACAGUUAGUUUAUAUGAUGUCGGCACUGGCGAAUGGUAUUCGCAAAAGACCAAAGGCGAUGUCCCACCUGCCUCAAAUUCAUUUUGUUCAGUUGUGGCGGAAGCAGCAGACCGGAGCUCAUUUAACAUUUAUAUAUAUGGCGGAUACAACGGAACUGAGAGUAUCGUCAGACCAUACGAUGAUAUCUAUAUUCUUUCUAUUCCUUCGUUCACUUGGACAAAGGUGUACAAUGGAGAGAGCAACAUGGGCCGCCGCGCUCAUAAGUGUGUCAAACCAUACCCGGACCAGAUGUUCAUAAUUGGCGGUCAAUAUUCCUCGCCGACAGCAUGUCUGCAGGGGCCAUUUAUCCGGGUUUUCAGCUUGAACGACCUCAAGUUUAAGGAUAAAUAUGAUCCAAGGGAGUGGAACGAAUAUGUGGUUCCGGAAGUGAUAACCAAGAAGAUUGGCGGAACUGGUAAAGGAGGUGCUACCAAAACGAAACCAGAUAGCUGGGACGACGAGAAGCUUGAGGGCAUUUUUGGCAAAAAGUACACCAAGACUAUUGAAAAGUGGUAUCCGUUCGAACCAGCCAAGGCAGCCCCUUCUACCCCGGGUGCAACAUCCUCCCCUGGAGGGGAUAAAGGGGGAAGCGGUGGUCUCCCUCGGUGGGUCGGUGCCGUCCUUGGUGUUGUCCUGGGUCUGAUAUUCAUCACGGCUCUAGCAGUGGUGUGGCUGAUCUUGCGGCGACGAAGAGAGAGAAGAUACGCCCCCAGCGUUGGAGGCACCAGUGAAGUUGCCAGGAGGCGCAUCCUGGGAUGGAUGUAUGGAAUGGGCCAGCCGUCACACAAACCGGACAUGACAACUACCUCGACUGAAAUCGGGAUUAAUGACAAACAUGCUUCAACGGGCAUAUAUUCAGACUCUGGGAUCGACUCGGUGAUAUCUCCAAAUGCACACCCUCCGCCCACCAUCGUCUACUCCGAAAUCAAUGCUCCUGAGGCAGGCAGCUCUCCAAUUCAUGAGAUGCAUGCUGGCACUGUCAUGAGCCCAUCAGAGCUGCCCACCCCAUUUAACGAUACCCCAGUUACCGCUCGACACCCGAGCGAGACUCCAUCAUUUAUCAGCCCCAUAUCCCCUGCCACCUCGCCGUCUCCAGAGAAUCAGCGAGAACUACAUCACCCACCCCGGCCAUCACACGGCCGCCAUGGGUCGUCUUUCUCCAGCAUAGGAAUACCCGCUUCUCUAGAUAACGCUAUAGUAUCCGACAAUAUAGAAUCACGGCCGAGGGAACGUCGUGUGUCUGGGUUCACAGAGGAAUUUUCCGAAACCCAUUCCCCCAGCCGGGAAGAUAUAGAACUAGGGCAUAAACUAUAG